AAAGUGGAAGGUAUUCCAGGAACGCCGGAAAAACCUCUUUCCGAUCUCGGUCGAGUAUCGUAUCAUUCUUUCUGGAAAAGCGUCGUACUCGAGUAUCUCGAUGCUCAUAGAGAUUCCACGGAUAUUAAGAUGGGAGAUAUAACGAAGGAAACUGGCGUAUCAGCUCACGACAUUGCAACUGCUAUGCAAUUGCUGGGUUUCGUUAGAUCGGUCCAUCUGCCCGGAGAAGGAAAUUCGAAAGUAGCCGUGGUAGUUGAUUGGAGUAAAGUGGAUGCACAUAUGACAAAAAUACGAAAGAGCUCCCGUAUUAAAUUAGAUCCCGAUUGCCUUAGAUGGAUACCAUUGCUCACACAAAUUCCUAAUCCAUAUCAGAGUCCAGAAGAAAGUGGCGACACCAGUUCUGAGUCUUCUCCCGUGGCGGAACCGAAACAUGUAACUACCAUUGUCGAAAAAAUUCAAAAGGUUAAAAUUAAAAAGAAACCGAGAAGUAGAAGGGUGGGUCAAAGAAGAUCCUCGCUUCUAAAACAGAAAACUGUUCAAAAAUCUUCCACACACAAAGAUACUACUCUUAAAGACACGAAAGAGCCGAAAGAAAUAAAAGCCUCGAAAGAGACUAGGGAAGCGAAGGAAACGAACGAAAUGAGGGAAACGAAGGAAUUGGAAAGACGGAGUCGAAAUAUUAUUGCUGCAUUGGUAGAAAAUACUAAAGAAUCCGUGGAAAUAGAGUCAAAAAAUGUCGCUACAACGUCAAGAAAUUCUAGAGCAAUGGCUGCUUCAAAAAACUCAAAUCCGACGAAUUUAAUGAAAACGCCAAUCUUGUCAACGAUGGUAUCUUCGUCAACGACGGCAACUGCAACGACUACGACUACGGUAAUGACGACUACGACAACAUUGUCGAGACGAAGAAUUAGAAUACCGAAGACUUCUUCCCUAGGUGAAUCGGUAAUAACGAUGUCAACGACGACCUUAGCAGCUCCUCUUCGAAAACGAAAACAUUCCGAAAAGACUGAAAUUGAAGAGAAUGAAGAAAGGUCUGAAGGUAGUUCCAGGAAAAGAACCCGCGAAUCUUUGCGGGAAAAAGAGAAAGAUAAGGAAUUAGGAAGAGAAAAGGAGAAAACGAAAGAGCGAGAUAAGCUGAAGGAUAAAGACGUUUACUCGAAAGACAAGAGCAAUGUAAUCGACGUGGAAAAGUCAGCUUCUAAAGCAAUAGAAACGAAUUUGACAUCAGUGGUGCAAAAACCUGCAAAGAAACAAUGCAAAGUAGAUGACAUCUUGUUAAAAGUGACCAGCCGACAAACCAAGUACUUACAAACAAAACAAACUAAAGAAAAGAAAACUUCGGAACAAAAUCAAUGUAACGGAAAGGAAGAAACAAAAGAUAUCAAAAUUUUACCGGUGUCAAGGCGAGGAAGGACGAAAGUUGAGAAGGAAGCUUUAAAGAUGCCGCAAUUAAAACCUGAAACUCCUACGAAAAAUCGACCCGAAACUCCAGUAGUACUACCGCCAUCAUUGUCUCCGUUACCACGCUCUGAUGAUAUUGUUUUUCAUUCGACAAAUAAGCGACAAUCAUCGCCCGUUACAGAUCAGUUAACAGUAAUUGCUGUCGAGAAAGAGAUUAAUAACGCAGUAGAUACAGUUGAGAGUAAAGCUGACGAUGUCUCUGCGUUAAUCGCUCAUUCACAAGCAGAAACAACAAUAUCUGCUAGUUCGGGAGAAUAUGAGGGAGGAGAUGAAGACGAAGGCGAAGAAGAAGUACCUGCACUGAAGUCAAAAUCUGUGACCUAUGUGAAAAAUAAUUCGAAUCAACGAACCAUAAAGAUGGAAGAUGAUGCACAAGGUAAAACACUUGAAGAUGUCAAGGCGGCAUCUUUCGUACAAAGACCGAAAACAGAAUUGCGUGUCAAGGAAGAAGAGAUACAAAGGGAAGUUGAUAAGGGUGAGAUAAUCAAUGGUGAAGGAGAUGGUGAGGCGAAGGACGAAGUUGAGGGUGGUAAGGUUGAAGGUGAAGGCGUUGGUGAGAUCAAAGAUGACGGCGAGGGCGAGAGCGAGGGCGAGGGCGAGGGCGAGGGCGAGAGCGAAGGCGAAGGUGAUGGUGAUGGUGAUGGUGAUGGUGAUGGUGAAGGCGAAGGCGAAGGCGAAGGCGAAGGCGAGGGUGAAGGCCAAGAUAAAGGAAAAGGCAGAAACAAAGGCAAAAGCAAACGCAAAAGCAAAGUAACCGAUCAAAGCAAAGGUAAAGGCAAAGGCAAAGACGAAGGCGAAAGGGAAGUCGAGAUCGAAGUCGAAGUCGAAGUCGAAGUCGAACUCGAAGACGAAGGUGAUGGUGAUGGUGAUGGUGAAGGCGAAGGCGAAGACGAAGAUGAAGGUGAUGGCGAUGGUGACGGUGACGGUGACGGUGAAGGCGAAAGCGAAGGAGAAAGCGAUAGUGGAGGCAAAGGCAAAGGCAAAGACAAAGGCAAAGGCAAAGAUAAAGGCAGAGGCAAAGGCAAAGGCAAAGGCAAAGGUAAAGGCAAAGGCAAAGGCAAAGGCAAAGCCAAAGCCAAAGGCAAAGGCAAAGGCAAAGGCAAAGGCGAAGGUGAAGGUGAAGGUGAAGGUGAAAGUGAAGAUGAAGGCGAAGCCGAAGGUAAAGGUGAAGGUGAAGGUGAAGGCAAAGACGAAGGUAGAGGUGAAGCCGAAGGUGAAGAUGAAAGUAAAGGUAGAGACAAAGUCAAAGGUGAAGAGGAAAAUGAAGAUGAGGGCAACGACGAAGAUGAAGGUAAAGGCAAAAGUAAAGGUAAAGCUAAAAGUAAAAGUAAAGGGAAAGGCAAAGGCGAAGACGGAGAUGAAGGCGAAGGCGAAGGUGAUGGCGAUGGCGAAGGCGAAGACGAAGACGAAGACGAAGACGAAGGUGAAGGCGAAGGUGAAGGGGAAGGGGAAGGUGAAGGCGACGGUGAAGGCGAAGGUGAAGACGAAGGUGAGGGCGAAGGCGAUGAGGAAGGUGAAGGCGAAGGCGAAGGUGAAGGUGAAGGGGACGGCGAAGGAGAAGGAGAUGGCGAAGGUGAAGGUGAAGGCGAAGGCGAAGGCGAAGGCGAAGGUGAAGGCGAAGGUGAAGGUGAAGGCAAAGGUGAAGGCGAAGGCGAAGGAGAAGGCGAAGGUGAAGGUGAAGGCGAAGGCAAAAGCGAAGGUAAAGGCAAAGGUAAAGGUAAAGGUAAAGGCAAAGGUAAAAGCAAAGGAAAAGGGAAAGGAAAGGGGAAAGGUAAAGGCAAAUGCAAAGGUAAAAGCAAAGGUAAAGGGAAAGGCAGAAGUAAUAAAGACGAAGGUGAAGGUGGAGGUGAAGGUGAAAGUGAAGAUGAAGGUGAAGGUGAAGGUGAAGAUAAAGGUGAAGGUGGAAGUAAAAGUGGAGCGAUGCAGACAGAAGGAAAACAGGAAGAAAGUGAAGUUAGAAAAGAAAAAUACAACAAGGAUUUGGAGGGUGAAGAAGCAAUUUGUAAUUCAGAAACGUCUAAAUUGGUACCUGACCUAUCUUCGUCUAAAGAAGAAGAAAUUGAAAAGUUGAAAACUGUUACUCAAGAUGUAGAUAAUUGUAGGGAUGCUGAUAGAAUUUCCGAAAGGUUAACAUUAAAAAAUUCAAAAGAGGAGUUAACAAAGCCAAAGAUAGAAAGUUCUUCUGUAACGCCGAUAGAAAAGAAAGAAUCAUGUUCUGUCGUUUCGAAUAUUACCUCACCUGAAAGAGCACCGCUAACACCGCAAGAAAAGGUACUGACCGUUAACGAGCACCAAGAAAAUACCAUUCAUCUUCAAACCCACUCGGAAGAAUUGAAACAAAAUUCACCCGAGAGUGGCAAAACAACGCCUCAUUUAGACAAUCCUGGCUCGGUGAAACGAACACCCCCCUCUCAACCUGACCUACCGUCUAUGGGAGUUUACACACCUGAUUCGACAACGAAUUCGGUACAUUCGUUGCAUUACGGUCAAUGUGACUUGGAUGUUAGUCAGUUGGGAUUAGAAUCCCCUACGUCAAUUGCCAGCGAUCUUGCGUCGCAAAACAGCGUGGAAAGACCACCCAGUGCGUUACCAUCGCUGCCACCGUCUGUUACCGUUCCAGUUUCUAUAUCCAUGCAAAUAACAACGCCGGUUACAUCCGUCGCCGUGAAUAUAUCACCGCAAGUACAGUACGCCGACUGUUCGAUGGCUCAACACACCCCAUCGGCUCAUGUCGGUAUCCAUCCCAUGCAUCAGCCUCAUACACCGCAGCCUAUUCAGCAACCACGGACGCCACAGUCUCAUACUCCGCAAAGUAUUCAAACGCAAAGUCCGCAACCUCUUCCGCAGAGUCAUACGCCGCAACCGUUACCUCAGUCUCAUACGCCACAGCCUCUUUCUCAAUCUCAUACGUCGCAAAGUAUACCAACUCAAAGCCCGCAACCAAUGCGACAAAGUCAUACACCCCAACCUUUGCCACCGUCUCACACACCACAACCAAUGCAAUUAUCUUUAGCACAGCAAACACAAAAUCAGAGUAUGGCGCAUAGUCAAUCUCAACAACAGUCUCAAGCACAGCAGCAGUCUCAACAACAAUCUGCGCAUCAACAACAACAACAACAACAACAACAGUCUCAAACACAGUCGCAUAGUAAUAAAAGAGCCAAUGGUUCGCAAACGACUCAUCGAUCUAGAUCGGUACAGCACAGUAGCAGAUCGCAUCGAACAACUCCUCCUACAUCGCAUACUCAAGCUUCUUCUCAACAUAAUACGACCUCUCAUACGAGUCACACGACCUCUCAUACGAGUCAUACAACUGCAGCUCAUACGACGCAUGUUCCACCACAGUAUCAACAGUCUUCAUCGAUGAGUGUACCAUCGGUUCCACAUCCUCAUUCACACACACAUGCUGCUCAUUCGCAUAAUAUGGCAGUUAUUUCACAAGGGAACUAUAUGGCUGUUGCUUCGCAAACUUUUCCAACACAAAACACGUAUGUGAUUCAACAUCGAAGUAGUAGAUCUGGUGCACCUACACCAUGCACAACAGCGACAAAUUUUUAUAUUCAAACAAGCGCAAUGCCGCCGCAUUCGCACACUCCAGCGCCUUCCUUGUCAGCUUCUGGAAAUCAUCAGUCCACAAAUUCAUGUAGUUUAGCAAAAUUACAACAAUUGACGAAUGGAUUGGACAUGAUACCUCCUACACCAUCACCGGCGAUGAAUUUAACGCCUCCGCCACCUAUACCGCAUACUAUGACACCACCGCAAACGUCGAGGCAGUUACCGACACCGCCUCAAGUACCUUUUGGUUAUGCAAAGAAUUACUAUAACGUCAAUACAGUCCCACCUGCUACUCCCGGACCACCUAGUAGAUCGACCUCAAGAUCAUCGGCGAAUACAAAUAUGCCACCUCUGACGCAACCGCAUCCAAGCGAGAGCCUAUAUCGUCAAACUCUCGAUCCUGGAAGUACCUGCCCUGAAAUGCAAAGUGCCGCCAGUAGGGUCAGUUCUAACGUGACGUUAAAUACGAAUCUCAUGGCUCAGUAUGGUUAUCGGGUGGCACAACCUGCUACUGGCUACAUGAAUCAAGCUCAACUCGGUGGCUUUAUGAAUCAGGCCAGUCAGUUGCCUGUCGGAGUUGUUAAUGUACCUGCACCGUAUCCUCAGGAUCCUCAUCAACAGAAUCCAGCAGCGGUGUACACAACGUAUCACGGUUACAUAAAUGGAAGUCUUAUGCAGCCUCUGAAUAGUUCGAUGAGGCCGCGUUAGCCCCAUUCAUUUAAGCGCACAUUCUCUUACUUACAAUAAGGGCACCCCAAAUCAGAGGGGGAAUUUCCACAUACUAUGGUUCAUCGACUAACAAUGAUCGCUUCAUCUUGAACAAGUUAAUGCUCUCUUCUGUACGAACUCUGACAACAUUAAGAACGAUGUUACUUUUCAAGAAACUUCCUACUUCCUUGCAUUCGCUUCCACAUUUAUCCAUUUGAAAGGCGAAAAUUAACGUUUGUUUUUAGCUUUUCGCCGUGAAUACUUUAUGACGUAUUGCUUUUCUCUUAGGUUGCAGUUGUUAUAUUUCAACGUAAUCUUCUCCUUUUCUUUUCUCUUUUUCUUUU